ACGAUAGAUGGCAGUGGCAAUCGACGGUCCCUCAGAGGCUCCGACGUGCAAACCAAGCCAACUGUCACGCAAAAAGGGUUACCACAAAAAAUUGAAAAUGCCCUUCUUUAUCGAGUAAUUAUAACAACACAUUGGAGAUGCAGCCGGUUGCAGUUGCUGCAUUCCCCAACUGCUGUUAUCCCGUCCCCAACCGCUUCCUUCAUUUCCAUUUCAAAGAAAAUCCCUCCAAUCUUUCCUUUCCCAGGAACCAAUCCCACAUCAGAAACCUCUGUUCUUUAACUCUCCCCACGACAACUAACAAUUUCAGCAAACCCCAACAAGAGAACCAGAACAGGACAAACAGUCACACAUACCCAGAUCAGAAAUCCGCAUUCCUUGACCAGUUUUACUUUUCCUUUAGCAAAAUCAACGUAAAUAACCAAGACCCAGAUCCCCAAAACGAAGAUAAAGAAAGGGAAAAACAUCCCGGAAAGACCAAAUUUUGGCAUUUCCUCAGAGUUAUUUUCACAAACAUGUGGUGGGCAGAUUUGAAAGCUGCGGUAGGACAAAGAAUCAAUGUUGAAGGCAUUGUUUCGUCGGUUGGAGUGUUCGUUAGAGACCGUCACUUGGCGUUGCCGCAUGUUGCAGUGCGUGAUAUAAGGUGCAUUGAUUGGAAUGAGCUGCACAGAAGAGGGUUCAAAGGUGUUGUUUUCGAUAAGGAUAAUACGAUUACUGCUCCUUAUUCUUUGACGCUUUGGCCUCCUCUUGAGCCUUCUAUUGAGCAGUGCAAAGAUGUGUUUGAUCCUGAUAUCGCUGUGUUUAGUAACUCUGCUGGUCUUUUAGAGUAUGAUCAUGAUGGUUCGAAGGCCAAGAAACUAGAGGGGACUAUUGGUAUUAAAGUCAUAAGGCAUAGGGUGAAGAAACCAGCUGGAACAGCUGAAGAAAUCGAGAAACACUUUGGAUGUCAAUCAUCGCAACUUAUCAUGGUGGGUGAUCGGCCCUUCACUGAUAUUGUUUAUGGAAAUCGAAAUGGGUUUUUGACUAUAUUAACUGAGCCAUUGAGUCUUGUUGAGGAGCCAUUCAUUGUUAGGCAGGUGCGGAGACUAGAGCUGACCCUCAUAAAUCGGUGGUUUAGAAGAGGUUUGCAGCCAAUUAGUCAUAAUUUACUACCAGAUACCAUGCACUGUGUGAAAGAUCCAUCUUCUCUGUAAGAAAUACCAUGGAUAUAUGAGACAAUAACUGUCUAUGUAGGCGUUGACAAAUUUUUAACUCAUGAUUAUUUGCUUCUUGGAACCACUUCAAAAUUUAUUUAAUUCUUUCAUUUA